AGAUACACAAUGUGGAUUUAAAUUAUUUACACGUAAAUCAGCUCGAAUUAUAUUCCCAAACAUGCACGUUGAAAGAUGGAUUUUUGACAUUGAAUGUCUCAUGAUUGCCCAAAUCCAGAAAAUACCCUUGGCUGAAGUUCAAGUCACUUGGCAUGAAAUCGAUGGCUCAAAAGUGAAUUUAAUGAUGGAUUCUAUCAAUAUGGCUAUUGAUCUAUUCCUCAUCAGACUUAAUUACGUGCUUGGAUUUUGGUCUGUCAAAUCCUAAUAAAGCUGGUUCAUCUUUUUUUUUUUUAACCGCGCCUUCCUUUUUCCUCUUUUGUAUACACGCAUAUAAAAAUGGCUUCUCAAAUAAACGCCAUUGACAAACAAUCGAUUCAUAAAAUAUGUUCUGGACAAGUCGUACUGGACUUGGCUACAGCCAUUAAAGAAUUAGUUGAAAACAGUAUUGAUGCAGGUGCAAAGUCAGUUGACGUGCAUUUCAAAGAUAAUGGACUCGGUGGAAUCGAAGUUAUUGACGAUGGAUCUGGCAUUGAUCCUUCGAACUAUGAAUCUCUUGCACUUAAACACUAUACUUCCAAGCUAAAUAGCUUUGAAGAUUUGGAGAAUGUAAUGACGUUUGGGUUUCGGGGAGAAGCAUUGAGUUCGUUAUGUGCUCUUUGCAACAUGACAGUUACUACAGCCACGAAGGAACAAACACCCAUGGGAUACAAGUUGGAGUUUGACAUGAACGGCGUUCUCUCUUCAAAGACACCCAUCGCUCGCUCAGCAGGAACAACUAUACAACUAACAAACAUCUUUUACUCUUUACCGGUGCGACAACAGGAGUUUAAACGAAACAUAAAAAGAGAGUUUUCAAAGGCGUUAACUAUCAUCCAAGCUUACUCAAUUAUAUCAACUUCGAUUCGUAUAUCUGUCUCCAAUCAAAUUGCACAAAAACAGAAUAUCCGGGUCAUGUCAACUAGUGGGAAUAAAGACCUUAUCGCCAAUGUUUCUAAUGUUUUUGGCUCGAAACUUGCAUCUCAAAUUAUACCCUUUAAAGUGGAUCUUAGUUCCAUUCUCGAGAAAGGAACCGUACAAGGAUUUAUAUCGAAACCUGAAUGGGGAUUGGGCAGAAGUAGUGCAGAUAGACAGUAUUUUUAUGUCAACGGAAGACCAUGUUCACUGCCUAAACUAUCAAAGGCAUUGAACGAAACUUACCGCACAUUUAUAUCCAAUCAGUAUCCCGUACUCAUCGCCGAUCUUCAGAUGCCUACAAAUACAUACGAUGUCAAUGUUAGUCCUGACAAAAGAACUAUUUUUGUGCAUGAUGAAGCUAAAAUUGCAGAGGCUAUCAUGGAACAAUUAAAACAACAACUUGAACCAAGCAGAUCAACAUACAAUGUCAACCCACUUAUGAAAUCCACUCCACGUGCAGUGCCUGUCACAGAUAUGGAUUUUCAAAACACGACUAUGACAGAAGGCAAUGAGAUAGCAGAUACACCAAUGGUUGUUGAAAGUGUGGUCCCAAGCAGUUCAUCCAGCAAUAUGUAUACAGAUUUUUCAAAUAAGAGAGUACCGACUACAAAUAUCAGUAAGACUGCAUCUCGAAUGUCCAACCCGAUUAAAAGCCUUGGUCUAUCUAGAUCUUCUGGUAAUGGUUUAAAAGCUACUGGAUCAACAUUUAAAAGGCCUGCUCCUUUAACAAGUUCAUUAUUAAAUUAUCUGUCGAAACGACCUAAAACUGCCGACAAUGAAGAGGAGGAGGAGGUAGAUGAAAUCAUGCAACAGGAAAAUGGCGAGACAGAAAGUAAUAUAAUGGAAAUAGAACCAAGUACAGAAGAAAGUGAUGUAGACUUUCAAGAAAAUGAGAGGAUCUCUCAUGUGGACACCAAGAUGUAUACGGGUAUUACAUCAACACGAGGUUCAUGGAAUACGUUUUGUCGAAAAGUACAAGCAUCAGUUAAUACUGAUGAUAUCAAACUAAAGGCUACCACUUCGAAUGAAACUGAAGAUUCCGACACAGUACAAGCUCCGGAGUUAGUAGAUGCUGGUAUAACAAAUACACAGGAUCAUGAAAAGGCCGCUAGAGCCUUGAACCGGGUGAUCAGUAAACCUGAUUUUGCGGAAAUGAAAGUACUAGGACAAUUUAAUUUGGGUUUCAUCAUCACUAAUUUAAACGACAAAGAUAUCUAUAUCAUUGAUCAACAUGCAUCCGACGAAAAGUAUAAUUUCGAGACCUUGCAACAAAUAACGAAGAUGGAGACACAAUCACUCUAUAGUCCGCAAGAAUUGGAUUUGACAGCAAGCGAAGAACAUGUGGUGAUGGACAAUCUGGAAAUUUUCAAGGCAAAUGGGUUUGGCGUCCAAGUAUUUCCGGAUAACGAACCGACAAAGCGAAUUCGUGUUAUAUCUCAACCUGUCAGCAAAAAUACUAUGUUUGAUAAGAAAGAUUUCUGUGAACUUAUCUACUUGAUUAAUGAACGUCCUGGAGAAAUGGUUCGAUGUAGUCGUGUUAGAAAUAUGUUUGCUAUGCGAGCAUGUCACAAGGCAGUAAGAAUCGGUCAAAGCUUACAUCCGAAAAAAAUGACACAGAUUGUACAACAUAUGGGAGAGAUUGACCAACCUUGGAAUUGCCCUCAUGGACGGCCUACUAUGCGUCAUCUACUUCAUAUGGACCAAUUUAAGCCUGCUCGUCGUGAUAAACCAUUGGCAUUGAAUGGUUCCUUUUCUAUUCUCAAAUAAGUAAAUGCAAAAAUAAAAACCCGUACUUUAUUUCUAUUGUGGAUCCUUCCAAAAUACGGUAUUUUCUUUCAAGUGUUUAUAAGCGGAUAUAGGUACA